AUGCGACACCUGCUCUGGUUGCUGCCUCUGUUCCUGUUGGCAUGGCCAGUCCAGGGCCUGAAGUGUCACGAGUGCUUGGCAUCAGGAAAUUGCUUCCAGCCCACGUCUUGCAGGGCUGACGCCCGAUACUGCCUGACGACCUGGAACAGUCCCCCAGGACAGAAAACACUUGUUAUAAAGUCAUGUGCUUACACCUGCCCUGGCUUCCAAGAGAGCCUGAGUUACUCCAGAGCUUCCUGUUGCAACACAGACCUCUGCAACAGCACCGUGAGCCCCAGUGCCAGCUGGGGGUUGCUGGCCCUGAGUGUCUUGGGUGCCUACCUCAUCAGGUAAUGGUGGAGCUCAGUCCAAGGCACGCCCAAGAGUACAGGACUAGGAGUCUGGAGCCAGGUUCCACUGGUGGCUGACAUGCUUUUUGGCCUUGGUGUGGCACUUCUGCACUUCCAACCAGAAGGACUCCAGGAGAGAAUGAACACAUAAGUGGCCUUUAAAGGACACUAGACACACCACUCAAGGUCAUUUCUGCUGUCCAGGUUGCUGCAUUCUGAUCACCAGCCUGAGAGCUGGCCAUCUCCCAGCCUCCAGGGGCCAUGCAGUUACAUGGUCCUGGUUAAGCCAGGCUGAAGCAGGAGCCUCUGGAAGUCCAAUCCGUUGUUCCUUUCCUGGUGUUUCAGGGCUCAAACUCCUAGCAACCUCAGAGAACCUGGGCUCUGUGCCACCACCUCAAGUGAGAAGGAUCCUUGGCGGACACUAGUGCUACAUUGCCAGCACUCAAGCUUGCUGCUGUGAGGCAGGCCAGGGACCAUGGAGAAAUGCCAAGCCUUCCACUGGCUGGGGCAGGGGCAAUUGGCCAUGUGGGGACAGAGGCACCCCUGAGCAUCACAUGGGGUGGUGUUGGUGGCAGCAGGGACAGCACAGAUAGCGCAUGCAGCCCCCGGCGUCACCUUCUGUCUAGGGCUGGGCCUGCCCACCCACAUCAGAAUCUCAGCUGCGAGAACUCCUGUGCAUGCUGGAUCCAAGAGCACAGGGAUAAGAAGAGCAAGGGCCAGGCCUCACCCAGCUGUGAAGCUACUUCAGAGCCAAGCCUGAGGCCACCUCCCCUCUCUGCCUACAGCUUGGAUGAUGCCUGGGUCAGCUGGUCAACCCUCAGGAAUCAUACAUUUUUUAUUCAAGAGUGACUACCUCCAAAAAGAACAUAUAGCAGGUUCUUUCCUCAGAGACCUGAAAGCUCAGACAGCACCUGCCCUGCUCUUCCCAGUGGGGCCUCGACAGGCACUGGCCAGCAGAGCAGGCUAUGGAAGGGAAUUGUGGAGAGCCCACCAGCCUGCCCUGAGGUCCCUGGCUUCUCACCUGACUCUCCUCACCACCUACCUCACUUCUUUCUCCUCUUGGGGAGGGAAGGUGCACAGGCUCCUCACUUGCUACAACCCUCGGGCAAGGCUGGGGUCUCCUCUGACCCUAAACACUUACCAGGACCUCCUUCCUAACAAAGUUGGGACUCUUCUGCAAUCGGGCCCCUCAUUCUAGCCAUCAAGGGGACACAGCCUGAGAAGACUGGUGUCACCAACCUCCUCAGCAGCCCUGGUAUUACAACCUCACCCAAGUACCAGGCCUCAAGAUCCCCUUUGACCCAUCAUCCCAGAGGUGGGACAUCUAUAAAAAC